AUGGCUACCCCCGGCGAACCCAGCUUGAUGAUGUCGGACGGCCUGGCCCCGCGACGCCCUGGAGGCUUCCCCUCGUCCUCAUCAGCUCGUCCGCGCGGGCCGCCCUCGGAGAACAUGGGGACGCCGCGGGACGACUAUGGCGAUGGCGACGGAUUUGCCGACGACCAGCUGCCGCGGAGCUCGCGUAUCCCGGAUGCUGCGAGCAUUCCCAAGGUCGAGGACCGCAUCGGCUUGCUGGUCCAGGACCACUUUGAGGGCUUCAUUGAGAACUUCAUUGAAGAUCCCCUCUCUUCAGGCGCACCCCCGUCGAGCGCCGUCACCACCAACAAGUACUACAUUGCCCAGAUCAGGGGCAUGCGCACAUACCAGCUCUCGACCUUCUACGUCGACUACAAACACCUCGCCUCCUGGGAGAAUGGAAGUCUGGCAGACGGUGUCAUCCGCCAGUACUACCGAUUCCUCCCCUUCCUCACCGCUGCGCUGCACAACAUGAUUGCAAAAUACGAACCGCAAUACUUCCGCGAGCAUCGACAAGCCACCACAUCCAGCAAGCUGAGCACUUCCGGCGCCAGCCAAUAUGGCUCAGGAACGCAGAGCGACUUGAACCAGAGGAAGAACGAGCACCAGCAGACGGACAAGCUGUUUUCCAUCGCCUUUUACAACCUCCCUCUUGUCUCGCGCAUUCGAGCCCUGAGAGCCGCCAAUAUCGGCCAGCUGCUCUCCAUUUCCGGUACUGUUACGAGGACAUCAGAAGUGCGGCCUGAGUUGUCUUUGGCCACUUUCGUCUGUGAAGCUUGUCGCGCCGUCGUCCCCAACGUCGAGCAAACAUUCCGAUACACCGAACCAACCCAAUGCCCCAACCAGACUUGUCAGAACAGAGUCUCAUGGCAGCUGGACAUUCGGCACAGCACGUUUGUCGACUGGCAAAAGGUCCGCAUUCAGGAGAACAGCUCCGAGAUUCCCACAGGCAGCAUGCCUCGCACCAUGGAUGUCAUCCUCAGAGGCGAGAUUGUCGAUCGUGCCAAGGCGGGUGAAAAGUGCAUCUUCACAGGCGCUUUGAUUGUGGUGCCAGACGUCAGCCAGCUCGGCCUUCCUGGCUUGCGGCCCACGGCCGUUCGCGACGAUCGGGGCGCCCCUCGGGGUGCUGACGUUGGAGGCAACGGCAUCACCGGCCUCAAGGCCCUUGGAGUCCGAGAUUUGACGUACCGCCUGGCGUUCCUUGCGUGCAUGGUUGCUCCUGAUACCACUUCCACCGGCCAAUCUGCACAUAGUGGCGCCAUCGACGUUGUCAACGCUCUCACUCAGAAUGCGGGCAACCCCUCUGAGGGCACUGAAUCGGUCGAGGAAGCUCAGGCUGCCGUCCUAGCGUCCAUGAACAGGGCUGAGAUUGACGACUUGCGAUCCAUGGUCCACGGAGACCACAUCUACUCCCGACUGGUCAACUCUAUUGCGCCGGCCGUGUACGGCCACGAAGUAGUCAAGAAGGGCAUUCUGCUGCAGCUCAUGUCUGGUGUUAGCAAGACCACGGCCGAGGGCAUGCAGUUGAGAGGCGACAUCAACAUCUGCAUCGUUGGAGACCCUUCGACGUCCAAGUCCCAGUUUCUAAAGUACGUGUGCUCCUUUGCUCCACGCGCCGUGUACACCAGCGGCAAAGCCUCGUCGGCUGCCGGUUUGACGGCUGCCGUUGUCAAGGAUGAGGAAACGGGAGAGUUUACCAUCGAGGCCGGUGCUCUCAUGCUUGCUGACAAUGGCAUCUGCGCCAUUGACGAGUUUGACAAGAUGGAUAUUGCCGAUCAGGUUGCCAUUCACGAAGCCAUGGAACAGCAGACCAUCUCGAUUGCAAAGGCCGGCAUUCAGGCCACGCUCAACGCGCGUACGAGUAUCCUGGCUGCGGCCAAUCCUGUUGGAGGCCGCUACAACCGCAAGACGACUCUCCGCGCCAAUAUUAACAUGUCGGCCCCCAUCAUGUCGCGUUUCGACUUGUUCUUCGUCGUUCUGGAUGAGUGCUCAGAGCAGUUCGACCGCCACCUUUCCGAGCACAUCGUCAGGGUUCACCAGUUCCGCGACGAGGCCAUCCAGUCGGAGUUCAGCACGGAACAGCUCCAGCGGUACAUUCGCUUUGCAAGGACGUUCCGCCCCGAGUUCACGGAUGAGGCGAGAGAGUGCCUUGUCGAGAAGUACAAGGAGCUCCGGGCCGAUGAUGCCCAGGGCGGUGCCGGCAAGAACUCGUACAGGAUCACUGUCCGUCAGCUCGAAAGUAUGAUUCGUCUGUCCGAAGCCAUUGCCAAGGUCAACUGCGUUGAGGAAGUCUCCCCCGACAUGGUCAUUGAGGCCUAUAACCUCCUGCGCCAAAGUAUCAUUUCCGUUGAGCACGACGACAUCGAGAUUGAGGAGACGGAGGACGUUCCGGAAGACAGCGAAACGCUUCGCCGCGCGGCGGAUGCCGCUUCUGGAACCACUCCUGCAGAGGACCAUGAAGGCGACGCUGCCAUGGGCGAAGAGGGCCAAGACGGCGUAUCACAAACCGCUGCCACCAAGAAGAAGUACACCAUCUCCUAUGACACGUACAUCCACAUGGUCAACAUGUUUGUCCAGCGGGUGACGGAGGACGAGGCUGGCACCGGAGACGGCGUCGAGGGCAGCGUCCUGAUCAACUGGUAUCUGGAGCAGAAGGAGCCCGAGAUGGAGAGCGAGGAGGACUACCACAGGGAGAAGACUCUCGCCAACAUGGUCCUGAAGAAGAUGGUCAAGGACAACAUCUUCAUGGCUCUCAGGGGCGAAGGUCUGACCGAGGGCGCAGGCCCAUCCACGCCUAUGAACGUCGUCUACGUUCUGCACCCCAACUGUGCUGUUGAGGACAUUUAA